AUGGAAAACAACGGUGUAGACGUAAAACAUGAAGAAUAUCAAUACCUUAACCUUAUUAGGCAAAUAAUCGAAAAGGGUGAUAAAAGGGUUGAUAGAACAGGUGUGGGCACUUUAUCGAUAUUUGGUGCAAUGCAAAGAUACUCUCUUCAAAAUAAUACUUUGCCACUUUUAACUACCAAACGCGUAUUCACAAGAGGAGUAAUCGAAGAAUUGUUAUGGAUGAUUUCGGGUUCUACAAACAGCAACGCUCUUGCCGAAAAAGGAGUACAUAUUUGGGAUGCAAAUGGUUCUCGGAUGUUUCUUGAUAAUCUAGGUUUUACUGAUCGUGAAGAAGGUGACCUUGGCCCUGUAUAUGGUUUCCAAUGGAGGCACAGUGGGGCCAAAUAUAUAGAUGCAAAGACUGACUACAGUAAUCAAGGAAUUGAUCAGCUACAAAAUGUUAUAAACACAAUUAAAAAUAAUCCAGCUGAUAGGAGAAUGAUAAUGUGUGCAUGGAAUCCAUCGGAUCUAAAGAAAAUGGCCCUUCCUCCUUGCCAUUGUCUUGUUCAAUUUCAUGUUGCUAAUGGAAAACUGUCAUGCCUAAUGUAUCAAAGAAGUGCAGACAUGGGCCUUGGUGUACCAUUUAACAUUGCAAGUUAUUCUCUGUUGACACACAUGAUAGCACACAUCACAGGCUUACAGCCUGGGGAAUUCAUUCAUACAACUGGUGAUACUCAUGUCUACUUAAAUCAUAUUGAACCACUUAAGAAGCAAUUAGAAAGACAUCCAAAACCAUUUCCAACAUUAGAGUUUGCUCGUCAAAUUGAAUCAAUUGAUGAUUUUAAAUAUGAAGACUUUGUCAUCAAAAAUUACAGUCCUCAUCCUAAAAUUGACAUGGAAAUGGCGGUGUAA